UGAUUUUUUUCGAUCAUAAAAAAUCGGAGAGAGAGAAAUCCCAAAUCUCUCAAAGAAAAAAACAAAAAACACAGAAAAUUCAGAUCCGAUCUCCUGUAAAUCAAAAUGUCUUCAUCAUUCAGCGGUGAUGAAACUGCUCCAUUCUUCGGAUUCCUUGGGGCUGCAGCUGCCCUUGUUUUCUCAUGUAUGGGAGCUGCUUAUGGAACAGCUAAGAGCGGUGUUGGUGUAGCUUCAAUGGGUGUAAUGAGACCAGAAUUAGUUAUGAAAUCAAUUGUUCCAGUUGUUAUGGCUGGAGUGUUGGGUAUCUAUGGUUUGAUUAUUGCUGUUAUCAUAAGUACUGGAAUUAACCCUAAGGCUAAAUCUUAUUAUCUAUUCGAUGGUUACGCACAUCUUUCAUCUGGUCUUGCUUGUGGUCUUGCUGGUCUUUCUGCUGGUAUGGCCAUCGGGAUUGUUGGUGAUGCUGGUGUUAGAGCCAAUGCUCAGCAGCCAAAGCUCUUCGUUGGAAUGAUCCUUAUCCUCAUUUUCGCUGAAGCCCUUGCUUUGUAUGGACUCAUUGUUGGUAUCAUCUUGUCUUCAAGAGCUGGUCAAUCUAGAGCAGACUAGAAAGAGAGAGACCAUUUCUGGCGCUUUUCUUGGUGUGGUUAUCAGUAUAUUAUUUUGUCUGUUUUUAUUCAUCUUCAGGUUUGUAAUGGUUGUUCAGCCCUCACAGUGCUCUGAAAAAUUCUUCAUUCUGAACACAAUUACUCCAUCACCCUUGCACAGGGGUGAUUGUUCAGUUAUCGGCUUAAAUUAGGAACAAAUUGAUUGGAAAAUAAAGCUUAAGCUCUUUUCUUUCUUUUCUCUGUUCAUGGAUUAAUUUAUGUACGCUGCAGAUAUUAGCUCUAUCUGGUCUAGUUACUGGGUGUUGUCUGGAUCUAGAACCUGAUUAUUUUGUAUGUGUUGUAUUUAUUGCUCAUUUUUUUUCUUAAUUGUUUUGUUUGAUAUUUU